AAAUUCAAAUUUAAUAUUCACAGUCACACUGUUGUUACUCUCUCUCUCUCUCUUCUUUCUCUCUCUACAAAUCAUCGUUUCAAACCCCCCAAAAAAACCCCACCAACUCCCCAAUUUGCAGAGAAAAAUAAGAAACUUCGAUUUCAUUUUCUGCAUUUAUUUGCUGAUUUAGAGAGAAAAAAAAUGGAUGCUUUUGUUGGAAAUUGUGCUAUCGUUUCUCCAACUUCACGCCUUAAUCCCACAAAUCUUCAACCAUCUCGCAUCGUUUCUUCACCUUACCACUCAUGGAGUAACUGCAAAUCCACUAAUUUAACGGCGUCUAUUUCUUGUUCACUCACCGCUUCUCCCCUUCACCAAGGGUUUGGAUUUGGAAUUGAGAAGCAGAAGAGGAAUGAUUGCUUACCGCCAGCAUUGGCUGUUCGACAGUUGACCGGCUCGCUGACCUCAGCCGAGGGCCUCCGAUUUGCUAUUGUUGUGGCACGCUUCAACGAGAUAAUUACGAGACCGCUUAUGGAUGGAGCUUUGGACACUUUCAAGAAAUACUCUGUUAAAGAAGAAGACAUUGAUGUUCUCUGGGUUCCUGGUAGCUUUGAGAUUGGUAUUGUUGCAGAGAAACUCGGGAAAUCACGAAAAUACCAAGCAAUUGUGUGCAUUGGAGCUGUUAUUAGAGGUGAUACAACCCAUUAUGAUGCUGUGGCUAAUUCAGCUGCUUCUGGAGUACUAUCGGCUGGUCUAAGUUCAGGUGUUCCUUGCAUAUUUGGUGUAUUGACGUGCGAUAACAUGGAGCAGGCUUUAAAUCGAGCCGGUGGUAAGUCGGGAAACAAAGGUGCUGAGGCGGCUUUGACAGCUAUUGAGAUGGCAUCUCUAUUUGAGCAUCACUUGAAGAAUUGAUUUUGGUGGACUAGAUGCGCUUCUUCCGGAAGCAACCGGAAGGUCUCGUUACUACACGAGCACCUUGAUGAUUUACGACCUUUUUGCCCUUGCUCGGAUUCUUUUGUUUUGAUAAUAAAAGCCUAAACUCUAACUUUAUUUUAGCAACCAAAUUUUUACCUUGUUACUCUUUUCUUUUGGUUUUGAUGUGCAAUUACUCUUCUAUCCCUACCUUCUUCAUUUAUUACGGGGUAACUU